GGCUCGUCGGGCCUCAUGUCGGGCCUCUCGUCGGGCCUCUCGUCGGGCCUCAUGUCGGGCCGCGCGGGGUCGGGCUGGCGCCGCGGGCGGCUGGGCUCGGCCCCGGCCCCGGCCCCCGGCCGCAGGCGGCUGAAGCCGCUGCGUACGGUGGUGGCGUGGAGGGGCCGGGCGGAGUGGGACCAGGUGAUGGUGGGGCUGUACUGCGGGGACAGCCGGCUGCAGCAGGACGCGCUGGACCGGGUGUCGGCCUGGAAGAGCCGUUAUGGUCAAAAAAUGCCUCUUGCAGUGGAUUGCACUGCAGAACUGAUUCGUUGCAAGGUCCUGGAUUCAUCUGGCAGAUUGAAGUCACACGAGCUCAUCCUCUCUUAUGGGCUGGCUCUUGUAAGGUUUGUCAACUUGAUCACAGAAAGGAAACAGAAGAUGGCCAGCAUUCCUCUGAGACAAUUAGCCAGAGAGGUGGAUAUCCCCAUCUGGGUUGUGGACCUGCGUCACGAGCUGACCCACGGGAAGCUGCCACGGCUGGCCCUGUGCCGCAAGGGUUGUGAUGUUGUGCUGGACUGGCUACGAAAGACAUAUUGGAGCCGUCAGCUGGGCAAUAACUUGUGUGAAGAAAGUGAGGAUGAGGAUGAGGAAGAGGAGGAAGCAAACACAGAGUUGGGCAAUGAUGCGUGGGAGAUUCAAACCCCGCAGCAUGAGGCCUGUCAGAAACACAAAGAAUUCCACGAAAAAGUCAGAGAUAUUCUGAUAUCUUACAAGAAUGAGCAGUUUCGGGUUAUGCAGACUAUGCAGUCUGCUUCAAAGUCUCGAGAAUUGUGGUCUGAUUCCUCUUCAGAAAUGGAUUGGAUUUUGGCUCAGAUCAAAGACCUGAUGCAGGAAAACAGGGAAUCAGUGGCUGCAGCUCUUCUCAGUGAUGGCUUUCUCAUCCCAAAGAUGGAUUGUCUGAAGUUGCUAAAUAUCAAGUAUGAAGCAAAUAAAGAGGUAUGGCAGUUCAAAAUUCCUCAGACCUUUUACUGCUUUUGGCAACCUUUGCUGACAGGCCUUCUUUCACGAAGUUUUACACAGAUCCUAAUAGAGAAAAUGUUUAUGGAGCUGAAGGAAUGUUCUGACUCGUCAGAACUCAGGCAUCAGUUCUUGAUCAGCUGGAUUUCUGAGCUGCUGACUGGCAUUGCCAAAGUAAACGCUGGGAAGAAAAGACAGCACUGUAACAAACAGGUGUCGGUGAAGGAGCUGUUCCUCCAUAAAGUUCCUUUGCAGUGGAUAAGACUGACUGACAGUUGCUUGGAAGCUCCCUGCUGGGCAACCCCACAUCUUCUUCAGCUGAUCCUCACAAUCAUGAGACCUCGCUUGUCACGUACUUCUCGGAAGAACCUUCUCUAUCUUGCUUCCAUUUACACAGAAGGAGGUGCCCCUUUGUCCAGUCCAGGCCUCUCUUCAGACAGCAGUGAACAUCCAAUUUACACUAUAGAGAGCUUACAGUGGAGAGUCAGGCAGGAAAAUCAGGUUAAAAAUCAAGGGCAGACUGUAGAGAAAGAAGAUGAUGUGCUGGAGAGAGAUGAUGGUGUAGAGGAAGCGGAGGAGGAGGAAGAAGAGAUGGUAACUGAAACAAAUCCUUUGGAAGGACUGGCUCAUCCCGGUAACAUGGCGGCUGUUGCUGAGAGAAGAGCAGCACUGCAAGGGUCCGCCUGGCAGAUCACUGCAGAUGAAGUACAAUGGAAAGACUUUCCUCUUGGGAAACUCCCAGGUCAGACAGAUGACCCUGAUGGUCUCAUGUUGGAUAAUUAUUCUAUGAUGUCCCUGCUUGAUCAGCCAGUGAGAGAUGAGUGGAAGACUCUCCAUACAAACUCUGCAGAAUUGAAAAUUCAUGGGACAGGAGGAUUGUUAUGGACCCAGAAUGACUUCCAUAAAAUAAAAAGUGGCCUUCAACUUUUCUGAGACAGCAUCAGAGUGCUCUGUGACUUUCAGUAUUGCACAAGUUAAGUGGGAUGGAAGAACUAGUAAUGGUGGUGGGGAAAUAAUUUCUUGUUGUUGUUGUUGUGAUUUACUGAUUUUUACCAUAUAAAAUCAGUGUUUUAUAAAGGUGGUUUAAGUUCCAUGUAUAAUAACCAUUGUCUUGCUUAACCACUGUCAUGAACCUUUAGCUGUAGCUGAUGUUUGCCAAAUACAGUUAAGAGUAGUUUGGAAUCCCUCAAGGUUCCUUAAUUUUUUCAUAGUUAAUAAAUGCAACUGACUUUGAAUACAAA